AUGGCCACCUCGACCGAAAUCGAGACCUACAUUAUUGACGACGACGACGAGCCCGAAGCCCCGGAGCUCGACGAGGAAGAGAACCGUUUUUACACCAUAAACUCUACCCUAGACAAGCAAAUCGCCCAGGACAUGGAAGCCAUCCGCAACUACAUCUCGGAAGCCCCCCGGUUCGACCCCCUCAAGAAACGAAUCGAGUUUUUCAACAGCAUGGACACGUCAUAUAUCGACCGUUGUGUGGACAAGACCGUGGACCCCAUCCUGUGCCAACACACGGGUCUGGGGACCCUCAAGUGGCACACCUGCAACCAGUGCGACUUCAAGACCGAAACCAAGGAGCAGUUGCGCCAGCACGUCAUCAUCAAACACACCCAACUGGGCAAGUUAAACUGGUAUGUGUGCCAGCACUGCGAGUUCGUGUGCCCCCAGGAGGCCGAUAUGGCGAAACACACGAAGGGAGCACACGAGAACAAGUGCACAGAGUGCGGGGAGGUGUUCAUCACGGAGCCCCAUCUGCUGAGGCACAGGGCACACAAACACGGCUUGAAGAUAUUUGAUUGUAAAAAGUGCGAGUUUGUGACCAAAACAUCCGAAGAAUUUACGAGGCAUACGUUAACACAUGCCAAACUCAACUUCAGUUGGUACAAAUGUGAAAGGUGCGAGUAUCGAACGGUCAAAAAGUCCAAUUUGGACAGACACAUCAGCCACAAACAUUCGUUUUUUUAG